AUGAGGGAAUGCAUCUCAGUCCACAUUGGCCAAGCCGGUGUCCAAAUCGGAAAUGCCUGCUGGGAACUCUACUGUUUGGAGCAUGGCAUCCAGCCUGAUGGCCAGAUGCCAACUGACAAGACCCUGGGAGGUGGAGAUGACUCCUUCAACACUUUCUUCAGCGAAACCGGAGCGGGCAAACACGUCCCUAGAGCUGUGUUCGUCGAUUUGGAGCCCACUGUAGUCGACGAAGUCCGCACGGGUACCUAUCGUCAGUUGUUUCAUCCAGAACAGCUUAUCACUGGCAAAGAAGAUGCGGCAAACAACUACGCAAGAGGGCACUACACAAUCGGCAAGGAGAUCGUCGAUGUCGUCCUUGAUAGGUUAAGAAAGCUCGCUGACCAAUGUACUGGACUGCAGGGAUUCCUGGUGUUCCACUCGUUUGGAGGUGGCACUGGCUCAGGAUUCACCUCUUUACUGAUGGAGCGUCUUUCUGUGGACUACGGCAAGAAGUCAAAGCUUGAGUUCUCUAUCUACCCUGCACCACAGGUAUCUACGGCGGUAGUGGAGCCCUACAACUCAAUCUUGACGACCCAUACAACCUUAGAACACUCUGACUGUGCCUUCAUGGUCGACAACGAAGCCAUCUACGACAUCUGCAGGAGGAACCUGGACAUUGAAAGACCAACGUAUACCAACCUCAACAGACUUAUUGGACAGAUCGUAUCUUCAAUCACUGCAUCGCUCCGUUUCGACGGUGCUCUCAACGUCGACCUAACAGAGUUCCAAACAAACUUGGUGCCAUAUCCGCGUAUACAUUUCCCACUCGCCACUUACGCACCAGUUAUCUCCGCUGAGAAGGCUUACCACGAACAACUGACUGUUUCCGAGAUUACCAACGCUUGCUUUGAACCGGCAAAUCAGAUGGUAAAAUGCGACCCUCGUCACGGUAAAUACAUGGCGUGUUGUAUGUUAUACAGAGGUGACGUAGUACCGAAAGAUGUUAACGCAGCCAUCGCUACCAUCAAGACUAAGCGGUCCAUACAGUUUGUUGACUGGUGUCCUACUGGUUUCAAGGUGGGAAUCAACUACCAGCCGCCAACAGUGGUUCCAGGUGGUGAUUUGGCUAAAGUUCAGCGCGCUGUUUGCAUGCUGUCCAACACUACAGCCAUAGCCGAGGCCUGGGCUAGAUUGGACCACAAAUUCGACUUGAUGUACGCUAAGCGCGCGUUCGUUCACUGGUACGUUGGUGAAGGUAUGGAGGAAGGGGAGUUCUCUGAAGCUCGAGAGGAUCUUGCAGCUCUGGAGAAGGAUUACGAAGAAGUCGGAGUGGACUCCACCGAAGGGGAAUUGGACGAGGACAACGAGUACUAG